AUGUCCUUCCCCUGGCCACCUGCCUCCAGCCAGACCAAGGGGACAGUGGCCUGCCUGGUGGAGGCCCUCCUCUGGGUCGGAGGGAGCGUGGACAUGUCGCUGCGGUGGCAGCUUGGCCCACUAGUGGAGCGAUGCAUGAGCGCCAUGCAGGCCGGGACGCAGAUGGUGAAGCUCCGCGGCGGCUCCAAGGGCCUGGCGCGCUUCUACUUCCUGGACGAGCACCGCUCCUGCAUCCGAUGGCGGCCGUCCCGCAAGAACGAGAAAGCCAAGAUCUCCAUCGACUCCAUCCAGGAGGUGAGCGAGGGCCGGCAGUCGGAGAUCUUCCAGCGCUACCCGGACAGCAGCUUCGACCCCAACUGUUGCUUCAGCAUCUACCACGGCAGCCACCGCCAGUCGCUGGACCUGGUCUCGCCCAGCGGCGACGAGGCGCGCACCUGGGUCACCGGCCUGCGCUACCUCAUGGCCGGCAUCAGCGACGAGGACAGCUUGGCCCGCCGCCAGCGCACCAGGGACCAAUAUCCUCAGUGGCUGAAGCAGACGUUCGACGAGGCUGACAAGAACGGGGACGGCAGCCUGAGCGUCGGCGAGGUUCUGCAGCUGCUGCACAAGCUGAACGUGAACCUGCCUCGGCAGCGGGUGAAGCAGAUGUUCCGGGAGGCGGACACGGAUGACCAGCAGGGCACGCUGGGCUUUGAGGAGUUCUGCGCCUUCUACAAGAUGAUGUCCACCCGCCGGGACCUCUACCUGCUCAUGCUGACCUACAGUGACCACAAGGACCACCUGGACGCCGCCGACCUGCAGCGCUUCCUGGAGGUGGAGCAGAAGAUGACCGGUGUGACGCUUCAGAGCUGCCGGGACACCAUCGAGCAGUUCGAGCCCUGCCCAGAGAACAAGAGCAAGGGGGUGCUGGGCAUCGACGGCUUCACCAACUACAUGCGGAGCCCCGCCGGGGACAUCUUCAACCCCGAGCACCACCGUGUGCACCAGGACAUGACCCGGCCGCUGAGCCACUACUUCGUCACCUCCUCCCACAACACCUACCUUGUGGGCGACCAGCUCAUGUCCCAGUCGCGGGCGGACAUGUACGCCUGGGUGCUGCAGGCGGGCUGCCGCUGCGUGGAGGUGGACUGCUGGGACGGGUCUGACGGGGAGCCCGUCGUGCACCACGGCUACACGCUGACCUCCAAGAUCCUCUUCAAAGACGUCAUUGAGACCAUCAACAAACAUGCCUUCAUCAAGAACGAGUACCCGGUGGUCCUGUCCCUUGAGAACCACUGCAGCGUCGCCCAGCAGAAAAAGAUGGCUCAGUAUCUGAUUGACAUCCUUGGGGACAAGCUGGACCUGUCGUCGGUGAGCAGCGAGGACACCACCGUGCUGCCCUCCCCGCAGAUGCUCAAGGGCAAGAUCCUUGUGAAGGGCAAGAAGCUCCCGGCCAACAUCAGCGAGGACGCGGAGGAGGGCGAGGUGUCCGACGAGGACAGCGCGGACGAGAUGGACGAGGACUGCAAGAUCCUCAACUGGGAUGCCUCCACUAAUCGGAAGCGGGUGGAAAACAUCGCCAAGAGGAAGCUGGACUCCCUGAUCAAGGAGUCGAAGAUCCGCGACCGCGAGGACCCGAAUGCCUUCGCCGUGUCUGCGCUGCCUCCGCCAGGGAAGCCCGGGCCCAAGGCCGAGAGCAGAAGGGUUGAGCAGGACCUGGAGUCCGGGGAGGACCCUGGGGCCAGCAGGCGGAAUGGCCGGCUUCUCGUGAGCAGCUUCUCCAAGCGCAAGAAAAAGAGCAGCAAGCUGAAGAAGGCAGCCAGUGUGGACGAGGUGGAUGAAGAGCUGGACUCGCAGAGCGGCCAGAGCCGAGGGGCCACCCGGCAGAAGAAGACCAUGCAGCUCUCUCGGGCCCUGUCGGACCUGGUGAAGUACACGAAGUCCGUGGGCGCCCACGAUGUGGACGCGGAGGUGGCAUCCAGCUGGCAGGUGUCGUCCUUCAGCGAGACGAAGGCCCAGCAGAUCCUGCAGCAGAAGCCGGCGCAGUACCUGCGCUUCAACCAGCACCAGCUCUCCCGCAUCUACCCGUCCUCCUACCGCGUGGACUCCAGCAACUACAACCCGCAGCCCUUCUGGAACGCCGGCUGCCAGAUGGUGGCCCUGAACUACCAGUCAGAGGGGCGGAUGCUGCAGCUGAACCGGGCCAAGUUCAGUGCCAACGGCAACUGUGGCUACGUGCUGAAGCCCCCGUGCAUGUGUGAGGGCGUCUUCAACCCCAACUCCGAGGACCCUCUGCCCGGGCAGCUCAAGAAGCAGCUGGUGCUUCGGAUCAUCAGCGGGCAGCAGCUCCCCAAGCCACGGGACUCGAUGCUGGGGGACCGGGGGGAGAUCAUUGACCCCUACGUGGAGGUGGAGGUCAUCGGGCUCCCCGUGGAUUGCAGCAAGGAGCAGACCCGCGUGGUGGACGACAAUGGCUUCAACCCCGUGUGGGAGGAGACCCUGGUGUUCGUGGUGCACAUGCCCGAAAUCGCACUGGUGCGCUUCCUCGUCUGGGACCAUGACCCCAUCGGGCGCGACUUCAUCGGCCAGAGGACCCUGGCCUUCAGCAGCAUGAUGCCAGGAUACCGCCACGUGUACCUGGAGGGAAUGGAGGAAGCCUCCAUCUUUGUCCACGUGGCCAUCAGCGAUGUCAGCGGUAAGGUCAAGCAGGCUCUGGGCCUAAAAGGCCUUUUCCUCCGAGGCCCAAAGCCCGGCUCUCUGGACAGUCAUGCUGCUGGGCGACCACUGGCCCGGCCCUCUGUUAGCCAGCGGCUCCUGAGGCGCACGGCCAGCGCCCCAACCAAGAGCCAGAAGCCAGGCCCCAGGGCCUUUCCGGAGCUGGCCCUGGGCGCUCAGGACGCAGGCUCCGAGCAGGCGGCCCUCGCCGCGGCGCCUCCCAGCCCCCGCCCGGCUCUGCAGGCCCUGGCCCCGGAGCCCGGAGGCGGCAGCCCGCGAGACGCCCGCGCCUUCUCUGUGCAGAGGGCGGCCUCCUCCCUGGAAGCCAUCGCGGAGGAGCCAGCCCCGGGCCCCGGCCCCCCGCCUCUGCGGGCCGCCCUGCCCCGCGCCCCCACGGGAGGGCACUGGGCCUCCGCAGGACCCGGAGCCAAAGCAGAGAGCCCCCCAGGGGCGGCUCCGGGAGCCUCCAUGCCCCUCCAGCUCGGGGCCGGGAGCCACAGGGACACGGAGCCGGCCCCCGAGAGCGGGCCGCAGGCACGCAACGGCGGGGGCCCUGGUGGGGCGUGCGAGGGGGCCCCCAGCCGCCGGGCGGACAGCAGGGGCCAACCCCGGCCCCUGGGCCAUCGGACCGUGGCCCAAAGGGCCAAAAGCGAGGGGCAGGUGCCCUCGGAGCUGCUGAGUGGACGGCAGCCCCUGGCCUCGCCGGCCGUGCACUCAGAUGCCACGGGCGGAGACCGGCUGUGGCAGCGGCUGGAGCGGGGCAGCCACAGCGACAGCGUGUCCUCGUCCUCCAGCCUGUCGUCCAGCGACACGGUCAUCAACGUCUCACUGCCGGGCCUGGGCCUGGGCCGAGAGGCCGUGUUGGCGGCCCUGGCCGGGCGCUGGCCCUUGGGGUCCUGCUCGGCCUCGGCUGCCCACCUGGACUUCCUCUCCGGGACCAAGAGCAAAUCCAACCCCAACCUGUGGGCUGCAGGCCAGUUCCCUGCAGCCCCGGGCGAGCCCCGGCCCCGGCCCCUGGCCCCUCGGCCGCCCUGGGGCUGCCUCCCCCUGGAAGGCCUCAGGGACUGCCCUGUGUCUGCCAAGUCCAAGAGCCUGGGGGACCUGACUGCCGAUGACUUUGUCCCCCGCGUGGAGGGCCUGGGCAGAAGCCUGGGCCGCAGCCUGGGUGCCGCUGGGGAGGGGCCGGCGGGGCGGGGGCCGCGGCGGGACCCCCUGACGGAGCAGCUGCGCUGGCUCACGGGGUUCCAGCAGGCGGGGGACAUCAUGUCGCCCACCAGCCUGGGUGCCGCUGGGGAGGGGCUGGUGGGCGGCUCGGGCUUCCAGCGCCGCUCCUCUCGCAGCCAGAGCCGGGUGCGCGCCAUCGCCAGCCGGGCCCGCCGGGCGCAGGAGCGCCAGCAGCGGCUGCAGGGCCCGCGGGGACUCCCUGGGGAGGAGCGGGGUGCCCCUGAGGGUGCCUGCUCCACGGGCAGCUCCAUGGAGGGCUUUGGCGACGCGCUGGCCCCCCGGGGCGCCACGGGCCUCCCGCUCAGGCUCUGACCUGCCCCCAAGACGGGCUUCGGCCGCCCUCCUGGCAGUCGGCGGCCAGGGCAGGGUCCAGCGCUCGCUGGGGACUAGGAGUGGGCUGUCCCCAGAACUGUGUGCCCCUUGGCGGACUUGCUCUCUGCCCCGCCCCUCCCUCCUCCCGAGGAGGAAGGGAGCCCACCCUGGGCCAAGCUUCAUGUUUUAAACGACGCAGAGAGGUUCAAAUUGUUAGAGGCAAAGCUUCCACAACAUCGAAAUGGUGCCGAGUCCUUCCUCACAUUCCCCUGGUCUCCAGCCGCGUGGGUGCGCCUGCCCAGCCCCGCCCCAGCUGCCCUUGGCUUGUUCUGCACGAACCCUGCUCUGCACGGACAUUUUAGACUCUGUAGAUUCCCGCCCCGGCUGGUGUGGCUCAGUGGACUGAGCGCCAGCCUGCGAACCGAAUGACCAACAUUCAGUUCCCGGUCAGGGCACGUGCCGGGGUUGAGGGCCAG